AUGCCAUCGCCAUCCAACACGCCGUCGCCUUCUUCCACGAAUUCACCCACGCCGUCGCCGUCCACCACGCCGUCGCCGUCGAACACGCCGUCGCCUUCCAACACACCGUCGCCUUCAACCACACCGUCGCCUUCGAAUACACCAUCACCUUCGCUCACGCCGUCGCCAUCUAACACGCCGUCGCCGUCCAAUACGCCAUCCCCUUCGUCCACCAAUUCACCCACGCCGUCGCCAUCAACACGGCUCGCCGUCGAACACGCCGUCCCCUUCUUCCACACCGUCGCCUUCCACCACGCCGUCACCUUCCACUACGCCGUCGCGAUCCAAUACGCCGUCGCCUUCGUCCACCAAUUCACCCACGCCGUCGCCAUCCAUCUCGCCGUCGAAUACACCGUCGCCAUCAAACACGCCGUCGCCCUCCAACUCGGCCACGCCCUCACCGUCACGGUCCAACACACCAUCUCCGUCCAACACGCCGUCACCAUCGAACACGCCAUCACCUUCGGGCACAAAUUCGCCCACGCCUUCGCCGUCCAACACGCCAUAUCCGUCCAACACGCCACCGCCCUCCAACUCGGCCACGCCGUCGCCGUCGAACACAAAUUCGCCUUCCACCACGCCGGCGCCGUCCACCACGCCGUCACCUUCCAACACGCCAUCGCCGUCCAACUCGGCCACGCCGUCUCCAUCGAACACGCCGUCGCCAUCGAUUACGCCGUCGCCUUCGUUCACCACGCCAUCGCCGUCAAACACGCCGUCGCCAUCUACCACGCCGUCGCCUUCGUCUACGAAUUCGCCCACGCCGUCGCCGUCGAAUACGGCAUCACCGUCCAACACGCCAUCGCCGUCCACCACGUCGUCGCCGUCGAACACUCCAUCGCCAUCAAACACGCCGUCGCCAUCCAACACGCCGUCGCCGUCCAACGCACCAUCGCCUUCCACCACGCCGUCGCCAUCAAACACACCCUCGCCUUCGCCCACAAAUUCGCCCACGCUCUCACCAUCCACCACGCCGUCGCCGUCCAACACGCCGUCUCCGUCGACCACACCAUCUCCGUCCAACACGCCGUCGCCUUCGCCCACGAAUUCGCCCACGCCGUCGCCGUCCAACACACCAUCGCCUUCCACCUCGCAGUCACCGUUAAACACGCCGUCGCCCUCCAACUCGGCCACGCCGUCCAACACGCCAUCACCAUCAGCCACGCCGUCGAGUACGCCGUCGCCUUCAAACACGCCGACGCCGUCGCCAUCCGCCACGCCGUCGCCUUCGUCUACGAAUUCGCCCACGUCGUCUCCGUCGAACACGCCGUCGCCAUCCAACACGCCGUCGCCGUCAAACACGCCCACAUCCUCACCGUCGUCCUUGAGCACGCCUUCACCCUCGAGCACGCCCUCGCCAUCACCCUCGAGCACAUCCUCACCCUCCCGCACGCCAUCGCCGUCAGGCACAGCCUCGCCUACGCCUUCGCCAUCCCGCACCCCAUCAAGCACCACGUCACCUUCGCCCUCGAGCACGCCGUCGAGCUCAAGCACCCCCUCGCCGUCGCCGUCAAAUACGCCGUCGCCGUCGCCAUCGAGCACGCCCUCGCCGUCGCCAUCGAGCACGCCCUCGCCGUCGCCAUCGAGCACAUCCACGCCGUCACCGUCACCCUCGAGCACGCCCUCGCCAUCGAGCACUCACUCGCCGUCACAAUCGAGCACGCCCUCCAGUUCGCCGUCGAGCACACCCUCGCCGUCACCCUCCACCACGCCAUCGCCAUCGUCAUCGCCUUCCAGCACGGCUUCGCUCUCGCCCUCGAACACCCCGUCAAGCUCGCCCUCUCCAUCGAGCACUCCGUCCCCGUCGAGCACGCCCUCAGGCACAACUUCCCCAUCACCUUCCCCGACGCCGUCGUCCUCGAGCACGCCGUCGCCGUCACGUACGUCCUCGGCAACCCCGUCGGCAUCUCCAUCUAA